ACUAACAGGCUCCUUUGGGAAGGCCUCGGAGCCCGAUCGGGAGUGGGAACCUGAGCUGUGAGUGUAGGCCACAAGUCCUCCUAGGCCAGGUGCACCCUCGGUGGGAGGUGGCACAUUAGUGCCAACGGCCACGGCGGCUGGACUAUGGCGCCCCCGCGGAAUGUGGUGAAGAUUGCUGUUCAGAUGUCGGCCGCCAUCCCACAGCUUAUCCAGCUAGACCAGGCAAAGCCCCUGGCCACUGUACUGAAGGAGGUGUGUGACGCGUGGAGCCUGACUCAUCCGGAGCACUAUGCCCUGCAGUUUGCUGAUGGGCACAGGAAAUACAUCACAGAGAAUAACCGCUUGGAGAUCAAGAAUGGAAGCAUCCUGUGUCUCAGCACUGCCCCAGAUCUGAAGGCCCAGCAGCUACUGGGUAGACUGCAGAAUACCAGUCGUGAAGGGUGCUGUGAAGUCCUGAGGAACCUGGUCCUGCUGGCCUCAGACAUGACCUUUGCCCAGGAGGUCAUCAGUCGUGAUGGGCUUCAGACACUUAGCACCAUCAUUGAAAGUGGGGAUGACCUAGGGGAAAUGCUGGCCCUUGGUCUAAGGGCUUUCUUGGAGCUCAUGGAACACGGUGUAGUGUCCUGGGAGACUCUCAGCAUCUCCUUUGUCAGGAAGGUGGUAGCUUAUGUGAACAUGAACCUGAUGGAUGCCUCCGUGCAGCCCCUGGCUCUGAGGCUGCUGGAGAGUGUGACCUUAAGCAGCCCUGCCCUGGGCCAGCUGGUGAAGAGUGAGGUGCCACUGGAUAGGCUGCUGGUGCACCUGCAAGUAAUGAACCACCAGCUGCAAACCAAGGCUAUGGCCCUGUUGACGGCCCUGCUGCAGGGAGCCAGCCCCACUGAGCGCAAGGAAAUGCUUGACCACCUAUGGAAGAAGAAUCUUCGCCAGUUCAUCUACAAGGCUCUUACCCUGGGGCUGCUGGAGCCACGGAUGCGGACACCACUUGAUCCCUACAGCCAGGAGCAGCGGGACCAGCUGCAGGCGCUGCGCCAGGCAGCCUUUGAACCAGAGGGGGAGUCCUUGGGCACAGGGCUGAGUGCUGACCGCCGCCGGUCUCUGUGUGUCCGAGAGUUCCGCAAGCUAGGCUUCUCUAACAGCAAUCCAGCCCAGGACCUGGAGCGUGUGCCCCCUGGCCUGCUGGCCCUGGACAAUAUGCUCUACUUCUCCAGACAUGCACCGAGUGCAUACAGUCGGUUCGUGUUGGAGAACAGUAGCCGAGAGGACAAGCAUGAAUGUCCCUUUGCCCGGAGCAGCAUCCAGCUGACGGUGUUGCUGUGUGAGCUGCUCCGUGUCGGGGAGCCUUGCUCCGAGACAGCCCAGGACUUCUCGCCCAUGUUCUUCAGCCAAGACCACAGUUUCCAUGAGCUCUUCUGUGUGGCUAUUCAGCUGCUGAACAAGACCUGGAAGGAGAUGCGGGCAACACAGGAGGAUUUUGACAAGGUGAUGCAAGUGGUUCGGGAGCAGCUAGCCCGUACUCUAGCUCUGAAGCCCACCUCCCUGGAGCUCUUUCGAACCAAAGUGAAUGCCCUCACCUAUGGGGAAGUGUUAAGGCUGCGGCAGACAGAGCGGCUGCACCAGGAGGGCACGCUGGCCCCCCCUAUACUGGAGUUGCGAGAGAAGCUGAAGCCAGAGCUCAUGGGCUUAAUCCGCCAGCAGCGUUUGCUCCGACUCUGUGAAGGAAUGCUCUUCCGCAAGAUCAGCAGCCGGAGACGCCAGGACAAGCUAUGGUUUUGCUGUUUAUCCCCUAACCACAAAGUACUGCAGUAUGGGGAUGUGGAGGAGGGUGCCAACCCCCCUACCCUAGAAAGCCUACCUGAACAGCUCCCUGUGGCAGACAUCAGGGCACUCCUAAUGGGCAAGGACUGCCCCCAUGUCCGGGAGAAGGGAUCUGGGAAGCAGAACAAGGACCUGUAUGAGCUGGCUUUCUCCAUCAGCUAUGACCACGGGGAGGAGGAAGCAUACCUCAACUUCAUUGCCCCCUCCAAACGGGAUUUCUACCUCUGGACAGAUGGGCUGAGUGCCCUGCUGGGCAGUGCCAUGGGCAGUGAGCAGACUCGGCUAGACCUGGAGCAGCUGCUCACUAUGGAGACCAAGUUGCGGUUGUUAGAACUGGAGAACGUGCCCAUUCCUGAGCAGCCUCCCCCAGUACCCCCACCCCCUACCAACUUUAACUUCUGCUAUGACUACAGCAUCACUGAGCCGUGACUGAAGUUAGGUCACAGUUGAUACUGCUAUAGCGGCCACAAAACGGGUUGAGAAUCACAGACAAUCUGACUAGCAGAGCCUCUAACAGAAAUAAAGUUAGCUUGGCUUAUAGGUAUGUGUCAAAUCAGCUCUGAACCUGUGGGCUAAACCUGUUGAUAAACAUACACAUCUUCAAACACAGUACAUGACGUAGGGUACCAGGUGAGACCCGACACUUGGGCAGCUAGCUGCCUUUGGGAGGCUGGUGUUAGGUGGGAAUAGGUAGGACUACUGCCUUUCUUGAAGAGAGUCCUUAACCUCCCUAGUUCUAGACAUGGGGAAGAGGGUGGUCUGUCAUCUGAGCAGUCCAAGAAGUGACUGGAAUGUUGGCCAGCUGACAGAAACAGCAAGGCAGGAUGCACUGCCCCAAACGGACGCCUUCCUAGGCACCAGCAACAGGGGUCUGUUGGGAAGCCAUGCUUUCAGAAGUUUGCCCUCAUUUCUCAACUCUGCCUGGCCUUGCCCUUGUCCUCGGUGGGGUGCAGAAACCUUUGGUGAGAAGUGUGAGGGAGAGAAAGGGGCAGAUCGAUAUAAGAGAAUUAAGAUCUAACCCUGAUCGUAGUGAGGUGGUGAUCUGACAAGCUAGAGUGUAGGGACAGGAGUGCUGAGACAUGGUGGGUCCAGGCAAAGGUCACAAACUCCAGGCCCCUAAGACAAAUAAUUGCAAUGCAGUAGCCCCACAGGGUAGGCCGAAAGCUACCACUGCCCUGUGUAACUGCUAUCUACCAUUGAUUACUCCUCAAAUACUACGUUUAGCAUGCUAGUCAUCAAUACUGUGCCUUAAAAUGUGACUAAAUGCCAUUUCCUUUGGAAAAAAAUGCCAGUAAAA